AUGAAUACAAAUAGAACUGAUAAUGGUUUAUUACAGGAUUGUUAUUUUGGUCCUUGUAUUUUAAUUGAUUCUAACAAUGUGAAUAAUUAUAAAAAAAAUUCACCCUCCAAGAAUUCAAUUACUUCAGAUAUUAGUUAAAAAGAGAUUGAAUAAUCUAAUAACAUUUCACCAAAUGUUGAAAUGCUACCUGCAAAUCUUGAGGUUUUGAAGGCAAAACAAAAUUUUAGAAAUAAGGGGAAUUCUAAUUAAUAAUCAUAAAGUAAUUUCUUUAAGGGUAGUAAGAGACUAUUACUAGAACCUAAAGUAUAGAAAUCGGAAAGACCUUCUUUUAUAAAAACCCUUAUUAAAAAUAACAUCAUCAAUAAAUUUAAAAAUAACCUAUUUUAAUCAUCUUAUGUCCUUCCAAAUUAAAUGAAAUAUAUUUUAGAAAAAGAAACCUAUAUCCAAGAGUAAAAGGAAAAAACAAAAGUUAAUUAGACAAAAAUGGAGAUAAAGUAAUACUAUAAUAUUUUAAGUCAGUAAAGAAAAUGGCCAAGCUAACAAAAUGUCAAAAUUAAGUUUAUUGCUGAUGCCUGGUCAAAAUCUUACCAUUUUAUGGGAUUUUAUUUCUUUAUUUGUUUUGUUUCUUAGGUUAUUUUUUUGUUCAAUGAUUGCAUCCUUUGGUUAAUCGGAUAAAUUUUAUAAAGGCACUGAAGUUUUCUUCAAUAUUUACCUACUUUUUGAAAGCAUUUUGACCAUUUAUAGACCAAUAAUUCUUCAAGGAGAAAUUGUUAGUGAACUUUAAUAAAUUUGGAUACUUUAUUUAAAAAAUUAAAUGUUAGAAGAUUUAUCUAGUUUCCUUAUUUGGUUUAUGAUUUAUUUUGAUUUAAAUGAAUUUGUAGUUCUUAAUGAAAUUUUAGCGAUAUGUUAAUUCACUAUAACAUAUAGAUAAAUAGCAAGGAAAUAUAAUAUAUAAAUUGAAUAAUUGUAUUUAAAAGGAUUUAAUAGUGAUAUUUUAGAUUUAAUAAGUUUAUUCAUAAUUAUAUGUUUUUUUGCUCAUACUAUGGCUUGUUUAUGGCAUUAUAUAGGUUAUAUAACUUUGAAUUAGGGGUCUUGGUUAACAUUUUAUGAGAUUACAAAUGAAAAUAUUUGGGUAAAGUAUAAUUUUUCUUAUUAUUGGGCUACAAUGACAAUGGUAACUGUAGGCUAUGGAGAUAUUACACCAAAAAAUUAGGUUGAAGUAACUUUUGUUUCAAUAGUGAUGAUAUCUUCUAGUUGUAUGUUUGCUUAUUCAAUGAAUUCAAUAGGAGUGAUUGUUAAGUCUAUGUAUGAUGAAAAGAUAAGAUUUAAGUAUUAAUAAUUUAUAUAAAUUUUAGGAGAACAUUAAUUUUAAUGAAUCAAUUUAUGAGUAAAAAUGAAGUUGAUCCCGAAAUCUAGAGUAGAGUGAAAAACUAUAUAAAAUAUAGUAUUGAAAAUGAAGAUUUGGAAAAUAAAGAAGAAACAACGAAAAUAAUAAAUGAUUUACCUGUUGGAUUAAAAAAAGAAUUAGAAUCUAAUAUUUAAUAAAAAGUUAUUUAAAAAAUAAAACUCAUAACAGAUUAUUUUUCAAUAUAAACUUAAAAUUAAGUGAAAAACAAUUUAAUUUAAGUUAAAUUUACCCCUAAAGAUAUAAUUUAUCACAGAGAUGAAAUCAAAGAUAAAAAUUUGUAUUAUAUAAAUUUAUAAUUAGAUAUUUUAUUUCAGAAGGGGAAGUUUAAAUUUUAGAUGAAUAAAGCCAAAAAGUUAUUAAAAAGCUUAAAGCAGGAGAUGUUUUUGGAGAAUUUUAAUUCUUUACAGGAUAAAAUACUAAAGAAUCAACUAUUAGUGUAGGAUUUACAUAAUUAUAUAGAGUAGAAAGAGAUAAAUUUAUAAAUAUUAUCAAAUAAACACAAAAAGAUUAUGAAAGAUUUCAUAAAAUUAAAGAUUCAAUUUUAUAUUCUAAAAAUUAUACAACCAUUUUGUGUAAAUGUUUUAUAUGUAAUAAAUAUACACAUUAAGAUAUUGAAUGUCCAUACUUAACAUAUUAACCAUCUAAAUUUUUAAAAAUUUUAAGAUUAAAUAAAUUUGAACAUAAUCUUAGAUAAAAAUAUAAAAGAGAUGAAAAAAAAAAAAUUAAAUCAUAAUUAGAUUAAUAGUAAAUUGAAGCCUCCAUAAAAGACUUUUAGGAAUUUUUAUCAGAAUCAGUAUUAGGAGAAUAUAAUGAUUAAGUUUUAACAUAUCAAGUUUCAGACACUGGGAGUGGUUAAGUUGAUACUAUUUAAAUAGAAGAUUUGAGAGAAAAAUCUUUAAAUUCCAUUAAUAGAAAUAUUUAGUAAAAUGGAUUAAAUCGAAGAACAUCAUAAGCUCCUAAUAUAGAUAACGAAAAAUAAAUUGGAAUAAAUCGAAGAGGAUCGUAAGCUCCAAUUAUUGAGAUUGUUAAAAAAAAGUAAUCUAUAAUUGAAGAAGAAAGAAGAAAAACUCAAAUUUAUAGAGAAACUUUAAUAUUUAAAUAAUUAGAUUAAUUUUAAGUUAAAUAACAUUUCUUUAUACUAGAAGGAUUAGAUAAAAUGCAAAAUUUUAUAGAUUAUUUGCCACAUAAUAAUGCAAAUUAAGUAAUUAGAAAUGCUAAUAAAGAGAAACCUAAGAGUAAAUCAAUUAAACCAUAAGUUUUUAAGUUUUCAAAUAGUUUUAGAGUGUAGAAAAAUGUGUGA